UCUCGACAACACACUUGGGUAACAUCUCGACAACACUCCUGGGUAACUUCUCGACAACACUCCUGGGUAACACCUCGACAACACACCUGGGUAACAUCUCGACAACACUCCUGGGUAACUUCUCGACAACACUCCUGGGUAACAUCUCGACAACACACCUGGGUAACAUCUCGACAACACUCCUGGGUAACUUCUCGACAACACGCCUGGGUAACACCUCGACAACACACCUGGGUAACAUCUCGACAACACUCCAGGGUAACAUCUCGACAAGACACCUGGGUAACAUCUCGACAACACUCCUGGGUAACUUCUCGACAACACGCCUGGGUAACACCUCGACAACACGCCUGGGUAACACCUCGACAACACACCUGGGUAACAUCUCGACAACACACCUGGGUAACAUCUCGAAAACACAGCUAG